AUGGCUCCGAAACGUGCUACUCCAUUCAGUUCUAAGCAUGCUUUACAGUUUGGUGUGAAGAUCGUCGAGUGUGAUUCUGCAACGAAGGCAGUGGUAUCAGCGUCUUGUCUCUUUUGUGCUCAUUUCGGGUGGGAGGAGAAAAUCCGUUCGAAGCGCAACCGCACUGUCAAUGUGAUGUACUUCAAGAAGCCAUUUCGUGCCGACAUGUACCUUAGGCACAUGAGUUUGCAGCAUCCCUUGUGCUGGAAAGAGUACUCUGCCCUUAGCCAGAGCGAGAAGGCGUCUUAUUUCGAUACGAAUGCUCCCAUUGUUCAUCGCAACACCAUCAAAUCACACUUUGGUGGUUCGCAAGUUCCUAUCCAGUUGUUUGUUGACAAGGGCAUCGUCGAUGUUAUCAUUGGCGAUAUGCUUUUUCAGGAUGGCGAUAGUAAUGAGAACAUCACGAAAGAACGCGCUCUCAGUAUUUUUGAGGACGUUCUUGAACCUUCGGAAGGCAAUUGCGAUGGCUGUGAUGAUGCAGCCGAUGUAUCUACCGCGAGAUAUCGCAUUCACUUGAAGAAUCCUGCCCAGUUCUACCUCAUUUCUGACUACCUCAGCAUAGGAGCAUCAUUUAGAAUGGCUUCACGAAUCCUGACGAUGACCAAGGAGAGCACUGGCUUGGCAUCACUGGGAUCUGUGUCUGAAGGAAAGGUGGCUGCCUUCGCUUGA